AAUUUGUUGCAAAAAUUGAUCCGUUCAACGGUUUUUUUUGUUACACUACAGUAUUCUCAGUUUUCUUACUUUUCUUUUGACCAAAUCAUUAUAAAAAAAUAACCAAGAGCUUUUGGCCUAGUGGUAUUGGAACUCCGGCUGGAGUGCCCACCCUGGAUUCGAGUCGCCUUGGCCACCUUCCUGCCUAUAACCGUGCGUGCCCGGAUAGAAGGCCUCGUGGGGAUUAGUCUGGGCUUACCGCCUAGGAACCCCACGGUCAUCAAAACAAAAAAAAUCAUUAUAAAAAUACAAUUGAAUUCCCGAAAAUAAUGAUAUGAUUGAGAAAAGAGUAGCCAACCUCGAAAUACAAUCUGAAACUUUGGAAUAUUUCAACCAUAGGAGAAUAAUUAGUUAAAUUAUUUUUGAAAUCAAUUAUUUAAAAUCUAUCAAUUACUGUGUUUGUCUAAUGGUAAUAAAAUCGGAAAAUAACCAGUGCAGACGCUCGGUCUAAAUCUUGUUCGUAUUAUAAUCUUUUGUAGUGGAAUAAAUCUACAAGAGUAAAAAACAAAACACAUUAUGGGUUGGCUAGAGUCGACGGUUAUAUAUAGUAAAAAUUAUAAUAAAAUGUUCAUAUAGACGUGUAUGUUGUUUUUUUCCCUUUGCAAUUGGAAACUUCUUUCUAAUGGAGAAGUUUGGGAUCCAAAACCGAACUCUGGUUUCAUUUCUUAUUGUUCUGUUUCUCUUUAUCUGCUCUAACUGUUUUGCAUGGUCUCAAAACGACGACGUUAGUGGAGUCUCCGGGACUGAGCAAAAAUGGGUUAGGGUUGGGUUGGUUUUGGAUCUGGGUUCCGUGGAGGGAAAGAUAGUGGGAAGCUCUGUUUCCUUGGCGCUUUCUGAUUUCUACACUGUUAACAGUAAUUACAGAACACGAAUCAUUCUCUCUGUCAGAAACUCUCACGGAGAGCCUAUCCUAGCUCUCGCUUCAGGAAAACAAAAAGAAUACACAACCACCGUCAUGCCUCAUCCUAAAGACACCGGACAAUACAUUUGGUAGCCUCUAGACUGCUGGUGAUAACCGUCAAGAGUAUAAAGUUGAAGCCAUGCGGCAUCAGACAAAUUGUCAACGCCUUCGACACCGGUGAAAUUGGUCAUAUUCUCAGUUGUUAUUAAACUCACUAUGAAGAUUAAUCUUGAUCAAUACAACAGCAGUGGAGUGGGUUCUCUAGUUGCAAUUAAAAGCAAUACUUAUUGUUUAUUCAGUGUUUGGAUAAUUUACCCGUUUACAAAACAGUUUACCGUAAACUUUAUUCAAUGGAUAGUUAGAGAAAUUAUUGUACCAUAACAGUGAAUUCUGAAUAAUUGAAAGUUAGGUUUUCCAUUA